UCGGCCUCAGUUGCUGAGCAAUGCCAACCAUCCUGCCUACUACCUGCCUGAACUCAUGCGCAAACUGGACCUCAUGGGCAAUCCGAAGGCUCGGUGCCUGGUGCAGCAGAAACCAGAGGUGACACUGAGCUUCUUCCCACCACUACCCCCUACGGGAGCGUCGGCGUAUGAAGGACAUGACGAUCUGCAGCGAACUCUGACCGUGGAUGUUAUCCGCUUUGCCACCAUUCCUCCUACCAAGGUGAGCUUUCUACUUAACUUAUAUGUCCAGUACAUGCAGCGUUGGUAUGGGCGUGGAUCAAUGUGCCCCUCUGUACGGAUGCUGUUCAAUGUAUAG